GACUGAAGCAAGAAAACGAGCGACGAAGCGGAAGUUCUAAGCUCAGCUAGACGGGCUAUCUCGGUGAAGGAGAAACGCUACAGAAAUUCAAUUUGCAUCUGCCAGCCUCCAAAGCUGACUCCCACCUUCACCGGAGUCUCUAAUUGUUCUGCCUCUCCAAUAUGUCGACUCACUCAGCGAAAAGAAGGAGAUUGAGCCCUCCCCCGGACGAAUCCUCGCAUGCACGAAUUAUCAACCGAGAUAAACAGGCUGAUAGUGAUGGUUCCAAUAUUACCCGGAAAGCCGCCUCCUAUACUCCGCGCAUCACUGGAAGAGAAAAGAAUGAUCGUUCCGCUGAACUUGCGCUCGCCAGCGGCUUUUACAAGUCCAGUUUUUUCAAGCUACAGUUGGACGAGUUACUGAAUGAACUGAGGCCGAACUAUGAUAAGCACGUAUCGCGACUUCAGGAGACACUUCAGGAGCUGAAAACUGUUAUCGAAUCCCUUCCGGAUAGGCCUCCGAAGUCAGCCCUAGAAGCAGAGAAAGAGCUGCGUGGCUCGCAUGGUAUCACUGUCCCAUUCCCUGAACCUCGCCCAGGAAAGGAUACAAAGUAUACCGUCUCAUACUCUAGACCAUCCAAUAUUAACGUGGUGGGAAGUCUAUCUCUAAGAACGGGUGCCAAAAGUUCCGAACCGCUCACAGUGGACCUGGCAGUGACAAUGCCGAAUACUCUCUUCCAGGAGAAAGACUAUGUGAACUACCGUUACUUCCAUAAGAGGGCGUAUUACAUCGCGAGCCUCGCGGCCGGGAUCAGGGAGGCGGAAGGAUUGGGCUUCAACGUUAAGUUCGGGCUUCAGGAUGGCGAUAGCCUCCGCCCUGUUAUCCUACUGGCACCUAAACGAACCGACGAAAAGGAGCAUGUGUCCGCUAAAUUCCAGAUCCGUAUCAUAACAGCCAUCGAAGACUCACUAUUUCCGAUUUCUCGGACCUUGCCAGCAAGAAACAAUAUACGACAGGGCUCAACGGAUGCGUCUGCGUCCGAAGAGUCUACUCCGCUCUACAAUGCUACUCUUCGCUCUGAGGCCACUGUGACUCUGUAUCACAAAUACGUAUACAACGCUGCUCGGAACUGUGAAUCAUUCAGGGAUGCUUGCAUCCUAGGCCGGACGUGGCUCCGACAGCGUGGCUUGGGUUCGUCACUGUAUAGUGGCGGAUUUGGUGGGUUUGAGUGGACGAUACUUAUGUCUCUUCUCUUCGAAGGAGGAGGCCCAAAUGGAAAGCCUGUCCUUUUAAAGUCGUACAGUAGCUAUCAGCUAUUCAAGGCGACCUUGCAAUUUCUUGCAGGAAGGGAUUUGACGAGCCCAUUGUUGUUUUCGGCUACGGAUAUUCCUUUUCACCACGGGGUUCCGGCUUUGUAUGACGGCAAAAGAGGGUUGAACGUUCUAUACAAGGUGACUCCUUGGUCCUAUGCCUUCCUUCGCCGCGAGGCAAACACCACCGUCAAGAUGUUAAAUGAGUCCCGUGACGACAACUUCGACAAGGUGUUUAUCAUCAAAGUAAACGAACCCCUACUCAAGUUUGACCGGAUCGUCAAGCUUCCGUCCCCGGACUGCGCGAGCGUUCUUCGAAAUCUACACUGCCAAACUGCGAUUUAUGAUGUGCUUGCUAAGGCACUUGGGGACAGAGCGGAUCUUAUACAUAUUUACGGUGGUGUUACCGAGCCCUGGCCGGUGGAGGCGAAGCCGAAUCGCAAAUUGGAGAGCAAGGGCGUCUUUGUGGGGUUGCUUCUGAAUACCGAAAAUGCUGCGCGUGCUGUCGAUCAUGGCCCGUUUGCGGAACAAAAAGAAGAAGCAGCAUCUUUCCGGUCCUUUUGGGGAGAGAAGGCCGAGCUUAGGCGUUUUAAAGAUGGCAGCAUCCGGGAGAGCUUGGUAUGGACUGAUGAAGCAUCUUCACCGUCUAUAGUAUACCAAAUCUUGGCGUACAUUCUGAGACGCCAUUUCAAUUACACGGAAGACGAUUUGAUUUAUAUUGGAGACGAGUAUGACCAGAAGCUUCGCGAGGGCGGCGAUAAUGUCUUUUCAUACUCUAGCCCGUCUUUUCAAUCGAUCACGGAUGCUUUCAAUUCCGUGCAGAAAUCUAUUAAAGACAUGGAUGGUGUCCCCCUCACCGUCAGGCAGCUAGCACCAGCUAGCCCAAGUUUGCGUUAUACUGCUCUUCGAUUGCAGGGUACCACCGGGUUACCAUGCGACCCAGCGGACAUUGUUCUACAGUUUGAGAGUUCGGCCCGGUGGCCGGAUGACCUGAAGGCAAUCCAGAUGACCAAGGUGGCCUUCCUCGUUAGGAUUGGGGACUGUUUGAAGUCGUCUGGAGUUGCUUCUCUUUGCAAAGUCGGGUUGGAGAACGAGUCAAUUGGGAUACUUAACAAUGCCUUUCUGGACAUUACCCAUAUGUCCGGAAUCAUCUUCCGCCUCAGAAUCCAUCACGAUCGAGAACAGUUAUUGCUAGAGCGUCAGCUGAAGGACAAGGGAGCUAGCCCGCUGACAAAGCAGCAGGUGGCCUACGCCUUGUCUGCGUAUAAGCGACUCUUUAUCCAAACUCCUCGUCUGACACAGGCAAUUCGUACUCUAUGUACACGCUUCCCGCUGCUGUCACCAACAAUCCGCCUCGCUAAACAUUGGUUCAACUGCCACCUGCUUGCAGGGCAUGUCAGUCAGGAAUUGAUCGAGCUACUGGUAGUUCGAGUCUUUACCCAACCCUAUCCAUGGGACACCCCUUCCAGUGUUAUGGCUGGUUUUCUAAGAACCCUUCACCUCCUUUCUCGGUGGGACUGGCAACAAGAGGCACUAAUGGUUGAUUUUGGUGAAUUGGACCAGAAAGCAAUGGAAGCAAUACAGACUCGUUUCUCUGCCUGGAGAAGCAUCGACCCGGCAAUGAACACCGUCGCCUUAUUCGUUGCUUCCGAUAUUGAUGUUGACGGCGUGACUUGGACUCAACAUGAGAUGCCCCCCAAAGUCGUGGCUGCUCGAAUGCGCACAUUGGCUAAGGCGGCUAUGAAAUUGCUGCGCGACGAGGGGUAUGGCCUUGAUAUAUCGGAUCUGUUCCAUACAUCCCUAGCGCCUUAUGAUUUUGUCAUUAAUCUUCGCGCGGGCUUACUACGUGAACAUUCGGGCCUGUCAACAAGGUUCAAGAACCUAGACGGACGGAGAAUCGCGCAGGCUGCUAAACCUGCAGUCGUCAAGUCCUUUGCCCGUGACCUGCAGGCCUGUUACAACCAAAACAUGCUUCUCUUCCAUGGAGACGAAGGUUGCAGUGUUAUUGCCGGAUUGUGGAAUCCGCAGAUCUUCAAACCAAAGAGUUGGACACUGAAGCUGGCAUAUUCAACGUGCCCAGUAGAAUCCAAGCUCGCCGACGAAGUAUCCAUAAACCGCCAGGCCGUUUUGAGCGAAAUCGCUAGGCUAGGUGCUGACUUGGUCGACAGUAUUGAAGUUCACACAGGGUUGGCUUCGAAAGAGUAAAGAUGGGAUGUCUGUUGACAAACACUUUCCAUUGCCAUGUAUCAUUAAAUACCUAGAAGCGCCGUUGCAAUGCGAUCGCGAAGGGAGAAACCAAAAUAUCGUGAAACAGAAAACAAUGCCGAAUGACACUCGUACAUAUAAUAUACUAUUGGUCCUUUCUCCCACCUUCGUUCCAUUUACGGGCCCGCAAUUGCCUUCUCAGCCAUCUCGAUCGGUGCCUGGGACGAAAACGAACAGAACUUAUCUUUGAUCGCCACAACUUCAUAUGUGCCUUCGUCAGAC